AAGCUGGGGGGAGAUGAAGAUGAAUGGGGAAGAAGAAUACGAGGAGAAGCUGGGGAAAUCCAGUGUUAACUGAGACAUAAGACUUUAAACUCCAACGACGACGAUGAUGAUGAUGAUGAUGAUGAUGCGAUUGUGUUAGGAUAAUGAAGCCUGGGAGUGCGGCAAAACUGAUCGUUGAUGCUCUUCUGCAGCGAUUCCUCCCCUUGGCAAGGCGGCGGAUCGAAACUGCUCAAGCACAGGAUGGCCAAUACCUGCGACCAUCUGAUCCUGCUUAUGAGCAAGUUCUGGAUUCCCUGGCUAUGGUGGCACGACAUACACCAGUACCUCUUCUCGAAGCUCUUCUUAGGUGGAGAGAAAGUGAAUCUCCAAAAAGUGCAAAUGAUGCAUACACAUUUCAGAGAAAGCUUGCAGUUGAGUGUAUCUUUUGCUCUGCAUGUAUCCGAUUUGUGGAGUGUUGUCCGCAAGAAGGACUUACAGAGAAACUCUGGGUUGGGCUUGAAAAUUUUGUCUUUGACUGGCUAAUCAAUGCUGACAGGGUUGUUAGUCAAGUUGAAUAUCCUUCAUUGGUUGAUUUGCGAGGCUUACUUCUGGACCUUGUUGCACAACUCCUUGGUGCUCUGUCUCGAAUCAGGUUCAGCCCUGUGACAGAGCGUUUUUUCAUGGAGCUCAAUACUCGUCGAAUUGAUACAAGUGUUGCCCGUAGUGAAACACUCAGUAUCAUCAAUGGGAUGCGCUAUUUGAAACUUGGGGUCAAGACUGGAGGACUGAAUGCAUCUGCCUCCUUUGUUGCAAAAGCAAAUCCUCUUAAUCGAGCUCCCCAUAAACGGAAAAGUGAACUUUACCAUGCAUUAUGCAAUAUGCUUUCGAACAUUCUAGCACCUCUAGCAGACAGUGGGAAGGGCCAAUGGCCUCCUUCAGCAGCGGAACAUGCUCUUUCCUUUUGGUAUGAAACACUUUCUCGAAUAAGAAUGCAGCUUGUGCACUGGAUGGACAAACGAAGCAAGCAUAUAGCUGUUGCAUACCCUCUGGUGUCUCUUCUUCUUUGUCUUGGUGAUCCUACUAUGUUCCUCAAUAAUUUUAGCUCCCACAUGGAGCAGAUCUACAAGCAUAUGAGGGAUAAGAAUCACCGUUUCAUGGCAUUGGACUGUCUUCAUCGAGUUUUGAGGUUCUACCUGACUGUUCAUGGGGAUUACCAACAAUCAAACCGUGUUUGGGACUACCUAGAUAGUGUGACAUCACAACUGCUAACUAUCCUCAAGAAAGGCAUGCUUACUCAGGAUGUCCAACAUGAUAAACUUGUUGACUUCUGUGUAACUAUAGCAGAACAUAAUCUUGAUUUUUCCAUGAACCACAUGAUUUUGGAACUUCUGAAACAAGACAGCUCAAGUGAAGCUAAGGUUAUUGGUCUUCGUGCACUUCUUGUAAUUGUUAUGUCUCCAUCGAGCAAGCAUGCUGGCCUGGAACUUCAUGGUCAUGACAUUAGCCACUACAUUCAAAAAAUAAAGACGGCUAUUGAGUUAAUUUUGAGGUCUUGCCACAGAAUUUAUAGUCAGGCUCUUCUCACUUCUUCAAGAACUACCAUAGAUGCUGUCACCAGGGAAAAGUCUCAAGGAUAUCUUUUCCAUUCUGUCCUGAAGUGUAUACCAUAUCUAAUUGAAGAAGUCGGACGAAGUGACAAAAUAACUGAAAUAAUUCCUCAACACGGCAUAAGCAUUGAUCCGGGAGUUCGUGAGGAAGCAGUGCAAGUUCUGAAUAGGAUUGUUAAAUACCUUCCACACCGCCGCUUUGCAGUGAUGAGGGGAAUGGCAAAUUUCAUCCUUCGGCUUCCUGAUGAAUACCCUCUUCUUAUUCAAACAUCCCUUGGACGCCUUUUAGAGCUCAUGCGCUUUUGGAGAUCUUGUCUAUUGGAGGAUAGGCUAGAAAAGGAUGCUCAGGAGACAAAGCCAAAGCAUAUGCAGAAAGUUGAUGCCUUCAGGAGAUCUUCUUUUCAUCAUUCUGGAGAAGCAAUUGAAUUCCGUACUUUAGAGAUAGAUGCGGUUGGCCUCAUAUUUCUCAGUUCUGUGGAUAGUCAGAUCAGACAUACAGCAUUAGAAUUAUUGCGCUGUGUUCGUGCUUUGAGAAAUGAUAUUCGAGAGUUUUCAAUGAAUGGUCGUUGUGAUAACAUUAUAAGACAUGAAGCUGAACCAAUUUUGAUUAUUGAUGUUCUGGAAGAGAAUGGGGAUGAUAUUGUUCAAAGCUGUUACUGGGAUUCUGGCCGCCCUUUGGACUUAAGACGAGAAUUUGAAGCAAUCCCUCCAGAUGCUACACUUCAGUCCAUCUUGUUUGAGAGUCCUGAUAAGAAUAGAUGGGCUCGAUGUCUUAGUGAACUCGUCAAAUAUGCAGCUGAUCUUUGCCCCAACUCUGUUCAGGCAGCAAAGAUAGAAGUCAUUCAACGUUUGGUUCACAUAACUCCUGCUGAGCUGGGCGGAAAGUCCAAUCAAUCACAGGAUGCAGACAAUAAAUUAGAUCAGUGGCUUAUGUAUGCUAUGUUUGCAUGUUCAUGUCCUCCAGACAGUAAGGAAUCCAGUGGGCUAGCAGCUACUAAAGAUCUCUUUCAUCUUAUUUUUCCCUCACUAAAAUCUGGGUCUGAAACUCAUAUACAUGCUGCCACAAUGGCUCUUGGGCAUUCACAUCUUGAGGUAUGCGAAACCAUGUUUGUUGAACUCGCUGCAUUCAUUGACGAGGUUUCUCAAGAAACGGAAGGAAAACCGAAGUGGAAGAGUCAAAAGGUUCGCCGUGAAGAACUCCGUGUCCACAUUGCCAACAUAUACCGAAAUGUUGCUGAGAAGAUUUGGCCUGGCAUGCUAACUCGGAAGCCCGUCUUUCGUCUUCAUUGUUUGAAAUUCAUUGAAGACACGACAAGACAAAUCAUUACUGCUGCUCCAGAGUGCUUUCACGAAACACAACUUCUCCGCUAUGCACUUGCCUCUGUCCUAAGAUCGUUAGCACCUGAAUUUGUGCAGCCAAAAUCAGAAAGAUUUGAUGUUCGAACAAGAAAACGACUUUUUGAUCUUCUUUUCAGCUGGGGUGAUGAUUCAGGCAGUACAUGGAGUCAGGAGAAUGCUGGUGAUUAUCGGCGUGAAGUCGAACGCUACAAAUCUAGUCAGCAUUCGAGAUCCAAAGAUUCAAUUGAUAAAAUUGCUUUUGAUAAAGAAAUGAAUGAUCAAAUUGAAGCAAUCCACUGGGCUUCGACAAACGCUAUGGCUUCUUUGUUGUAUGGACCCUGCUUUGACGAUAAUAUUAGGAAAAUGAGUGGACGAGUAAUAUCAUGGAUCAACAGUUUAUUUAUAGAGCCUGCUCCUAGGGCUCCAUUUGGUUACUCACCAGCAGAUCCUAGAACUCCUUCGCAUGCUAAGUUUGCAGGAGAUGGUGGACGCGGUGCAGCAGGCCGUGAUAGGAACAGAGGUGGCCAUCUUAGAGUUUUCUUGGCCAAAAUGGCUCUAAAGAAUCUUCUUCUAACAAAUUUGGAUUUAUUCCCUGCUUGCAUAGAUCAGUGUUAUUACUCGGAUGCGGCCAUAGCUGAUGGAUACUUCAGUGUGCUUGCAGAAGUAUACAUGCGUCAAGAGAUUCCAGAUUGUGAAAUUCAAAGACUUCUGAGCCUGAUACUAUACAAAGUGGUUGAUCCAUCUAGGCAGAUUCGUGACGACGCCCUCCAGAUGCUUGAGACUCUUUCAGACCGAGAAUGGGUUAAGGAUGGAAUUGAGGGCUCCGGAAGUUAUCGAGCUGCUGUGGUUGGUAAUCUCCCUGAUUCUUACCAACAAUUUCAGUAUAAGCUCUCUUGCAAGCUUGCAAAAGAUCAUCCCAAGCUCAGCCAGCAUCUCUGUGAAGAGAUCAUGCAGAGGCAGCUUGAUGCUGUUGAUAUAAUUGCUCAGCACCAGGUUCUGACGUGCAUGGCUCCUUGGAUUGAAAACUUAAAUUUCUGGAAACUCAAGGAAUCUGGCUGGAGUGAUAGAUUGCUGAAGAGCCUCUAUUAUGUCACAUGGCGACACGGAGAUCAAUUCCCUGAUGAGAUUGAGAAACUAUGGAGCACAAUUGCCAGCAAGCCUCGCAACAUUAGCCCCGUUCUAGACUUCUUGAUCACAAAAGGAAUCGAAGAUUGUGAUUCAAACGCCUCUGCUGAAAUUAGUGGUGCAUUUGCUACUUACUUCUCAGUAGCAAAACGGGUGAGUCUGUAUUUAGCUCGAAUUUGUCCACAGCGUACGAUUGAUCAUCUGGUUUAUCAGUUGGCACAGCAAAUGCUUGAGGAUAGUGCAGAACCAUUUCGACCAACUGCAAAUAAAGCGGACGCCAACUGGAACUCGGUUUUGGAGUUCUCACAGGGACCCUCAAUUGCCCAAGUAGUAUCGUCGGUAGUCGACAUGAUUCAACCUCAUAUGUCACCAUUACUCGUGCGUGGAUCAUUUGACAUGAGUCCGCUUAGGAAUAUGGGGAACAUGAACAUCGUCCCUUUAACUGUCGGAAGAUCGGGCCAGCUUCUCCCACCUCUGGUAAACAUGUCUGGUCCAUUAAUGGGAGUUCGCAGUUCAACAGGAAGUAUAAGGAGCCGGCACGUUUCAAGGGAUAGUGGAGACUAUUUCAUCGACACUCCAAACUCUGGCGAAGACGGAUUUCAUGGGGGGUUUGUAAAUGCUAAAGAACUCCAUUCGGCCUUGCAAGGGCACCAGCAACAUAUACUAACUCAUGCAGACAUAGCCUUGAUUUUACUUGCGGAGAUUGCUUACGAAAACGAUGAAGAUUUUAGGGAGCACUUACCUCUUCUGUUCCACGUGACUUUCGUCUCGAUGGACAGUUCUGAAGAUAUUGUCCUCGAACACUGUCAGCAGUUGCUAGUUAACUUGCUAUACUCCCUGGCUGGGCGACAUUUAGAGCUGUACGAGGUUGAAAAAGACGACGGAGAGAACAAACAACAGGUUGUGAGCCUGAUAAAAUACGUUCAGUCGAAAAGAGGGAGCAUGAUGUGGGAAAACGAGGAUCCCACACUGGUGAGACCCGAGCUUCCAAGCGCGUCCUUACUUUCGGCACUUGUUCAGAGCAUGGUGGAUGCCAUCAUUUUCCAAGGGGAUCUUCGUGAGACUUGGGGAGCGGAAGCACUGAAAUGGGCUAUGGAGUGCACGUCAAGACAUCUCGCCUGUCGCUCCCACCAGAUAUACCGUUCUUUACGCCCGCGCGUGACCAGCGACGCCUGCGUAUCUCUUCUUCGGUGUCUCCAUCGAUGCUUGGGAAAUCCCGUGCCUACGGUUUUGGGGUUCAUCAUGGAGAUUUUGUUGACUUUGCAAGUGAUGGUGGAGAAUAUGGAGCCUGAGAAGGUUAUACUCUACCCCCAGCUCUUUUGGGGAUGCGUGGCGAUGAUGCAUACGGAUUUCAUUCAUGUAUAUUGCCAGGUGCUUGAACUCUUUUCUCGGGUGAUAGACCGCUUAUCGUUUUGGGGAAGUACAACCGAAAAUGUACUCCUUUCUAGUAUGCCUAGAGACGAGCUUGAUGGCGGUGUAUCAUCAUCGUCGUCGUCAUCGGACUUCCAAAGAGUGGCUACAUUAUUUGAAGGAGUGCAGCCUCUCGUGCUGAAAGGGCUCAUGUCUACGGUUAGCCAUGGAGUUUCCAUCGAGGUUCUAUCUCGGAUAACAGUACCCUCGUGCGAUUCCAUAUUCGGGAAUGCAGAGACUCGACUGUUAAUGCACAUAACAGGAUUGCUCCCCUGGCUCUGCUUGCAGCUGGGUCAGGAUGGCGCCGCGAAUGUGGGGCGGCCGCCCACGUCGUCUUCUUCUCCAAUCCAACAACAUGAUUACGAAAAGGCUUGCUCGGUCGCAGACAACCUGGCAACCUGGUGUAGAGCCAAGUCAUUUGAUGGACUAGCGACGGUGUUCAUGAUAUACUCGCAAGGGGAAAUAAAGAGCGUGGAGAAUCUAUUGGCAUGCGUGUCGCCACUGUUAGCGAACGAGUGGUUCCCAAAACACUCGGGGCUGGCAUUUGGGCAUCUGCUACGACUUCUGGAGAAAGGGCCGGGUGAAUAUCAAAGAGUGAUACUCCUGAUGCUGAAGGCAUUGCUGGAGCAUACUCCGAUGGAUGCAUCUCAAAGCCCGCAUAUGUACGCAAUCGUGUCACAGCUAGUGGAGAGCACACUGUGUUGGGAGGCACUGAGCGUUUUGGAAGCCCUCCUGCAGAGCUGUAGCUCCUUGGGUGGUGGUGGUGGUGGUGGUGGGUCAUUCCCACUAGAUCCUGGGUCACUUGAGAGCAUUAACGGUGGUACAACAACAGCAGCAGCAGCAGCACAAGAGAAGUUUAUGGCAACACAGACAUCCUUUAAGGGGGGAGUAGUAGGAGGAGGAAGGAAUAGCUUCGGUCCCUUACCUUUACCUUUACAGUAUGCAAUUGGAAUUGGAAGUGGGAGUGGAUUUGGAGCUAUUUCAACAACACCACCACAUUCAAGCAGCAUCUAUGAAUCAUCAUCGUCGAUGAGAGAACAAGCUUUAACAAACACGAGGCUCAUACUGGGACGGGUGCUCGAUAAUUGUGCCUUGGGACGAAGGAGAGACUACCGCAGGCUGGUUCCCUUUGUCACCACCAUUGGGAAUCCCUCCAGGCUUUCUGAGGAGCUAACUACUUCAUUCAACUUCUCCAUUGUUUGAUUAAAUUGCUGUAUGCAUCAUAUAUUUUCAUUAUUGUUAUUAUUAAUUAAACAAUAAAAAAAAUGACAACAACUAUAGUCUAUAUUACAACACACAAAAAAUAGGAAAAAGAAGAAGAGGAAGAAAUUCACUUAUAUUUGAGUGAUAGGGCACAUAGGAUAGGACUUACAUGUAUGUAUGUAUGUAUGUCAUCAUCC